CUUAUACGCAUAUAUUAAUGCAUACUAUUUGGAAAACAGCUAAAACAUGUGAUCAAUCCAAGUUGAUUAGUGGAAAGAAGAAAGUUGAAUAGAAAAGUAAUGGGUCAGUUCUCCAUGUUUUGCAUUCAUAUAGAAGAGUUUCAUAAACAUUAAACAAUCAACACUUUUACUUCAAAACAUCUCCUUUCUCCAACCUCUACAUUUUCCCCCCCCAAAAAAAAAAAAAGAAGAGAAACCAGUGGUAUGGAAUUUGCUGGAUUUUUUAUUCUCUUGUUUUUGGCAACAACAACAGCUUGUAUCAAAGCAAGUUCAUCUCCGGCCUUAUCAAGUUUGAGACAAGGAAGUUUCUGGACAGUAGAUGAAAAAGAGAGAGAAACAUUCUUGGUCUCACCAAAUGGAACUUUCUCUGCUGCAUUUCACGAGGUCGGCAUUAACGCCUUCUGCUUCUCGAUAUGGUUCACCAGAUCUGCAGACAAAACUAUCGUCUGGAUGGCGAAUAGAAACACGCCUGUUAGUCGUAAGAAAUCCAGAAUGACUCUCCACAAGAAUGGAAACAUGGUCUUGACUGAUGCCUUUGGUUCAAGCGUAUGGUCAACCAACACCUUUUCUGCUUCAACUGUUGAAGUUCGGCUUCUUGAGACCGGAAACCUUGUUCUGUUCGACCAAGGGAAGGAAAAGAUCAUCUGGGAAAGUUUUGAUUUUCCCACAGAUACGCUCUUACCAUUACAACGCCUUGUGAAGAACACAACCUUGGUGUCUAUGAGAAGCAAAGGUUCGUACCUGAAUGGAAUCUAUAACUUCAAAUUUGAUGAUAACAAUGUGUUGAACCUCAUUUACGACGGACCUCAAAUUUCAAGUAUAUAUUGGCCUAGAAAAGCAGGGGGUGAUGUCUUUGAUCUCGGUAGGACACCUUACAAUAGCUCUAGAGUGGCAAUUUUAGAUGAGUUUGGGAGGUUCGUAUCGAGUGAUCUAAUGGAGUUUAGAGCAUCUGAUUAUGGAUUUGGUCCGCUGCGUCGGUUAACAUUAGAUUAUGAUGGGAUGCUGAGAUUGUACAGUCUAGAUGAGUCAACUGGGCAUUGGGAUAUCUCAUGGUUGCCUAGUGCUAUAGAUUCUUGCCUUGUUGAUGGCAUUUGUGGUGAAUAUGGAAUAUGCAGCUACAAGUCCAUAAAACCAGCUUGCACUUGUCCUUUUGGUUUUGAAAGAAAUGAUCUUUCGGAUUGGUCUAAAGGAUGCAGGCCUUCAUUUAAUCUGUCGCGUGAUUCGAAUACAUUGGAUUUUAUGCAGCUUCUCAACACGGAUUACUAUGGUUAUGACUUGGAAACCCUUAAAUUUGGAAUUUCCUUUGAUAAGUGCAGGAAUUCAUGCUUGACAGAUACUAGAUGCAAGGGGUUUGGAUAUUCAUUUGAUGGACAAGCAAUGUGUUUCCCAAAAGGUCAACUAGUCAACGGUUAUCAAAUGCCAGAUUCUCAAAGUGUCAUGUAUAUUAAGGUACCAAAGCAGAAAGUGAGCUCUCAAACAGGAACAGUGAAUGUUAAAGUAGAUGGGUUGAGUUGUACACGAACAGAAGUUGUUCUCACCAAUAAUGAUGCUGAAGGGAAAAAGAGAGAAAACAACGAGUACAUGAAAUAUCUCGUUGCAUUUGUUGGUUCCUUUGGAGUAAUUGAAGUAAUCUGUCUCGGCUUUUGGUGGUGGUUCAUCUACCGAAAGCGCGUAAAUGAGGAGGUGAUCAACAUGGGUUACAUGACAUUAGCAAUAGGUUUCAAACGGUUCACAUACAAAGAGUUGAAAAGGGCAACUAAGAACUUCAAAGAAGAGAUCGGGAAAGGAGGUUUCGGAUCAGUCUACAAAGGGAUUCUGGAUGAUGGAAGAGCUGUAGCAGUCAAGAGACUGGAAGGCAUUUUACAAGGAACUUCAGAGUUUUGGGCAGAAGUAAGCGUUAUAGGGAAUAUCAACCACAGAAAUCUCGUCAAACUUGGGGGUUUCUGUGCAGAAAAUGAGCACAAACUGUUGGUCUAUGACUAUGUUGAAAAUGGCUCAUUGGACAAAUUCUUGUUCUCAGACUCAUCUCCGGCACUAGGAUUUGAGCAGAGGCACAAGAUUGCAGUUGGCACCGCAAAAGGGUUGUCAUAUCUACAUGAAGAGUGCCUUGAAUGGGUGCUUCACUGUGAUGUAAAGCCUCAAAACAUACUGCUAGAUGAUCAGCUAGAGCCUAAAGUUGCAGAUUUCGGCAUGUCAAAGCUCUUCAAAGACGUUAAUAAUGAUGUCGGAUUCUCUCGGGUUCGAGGGACUAGAGGAUACUUGGCUCCAGAGUGGAUGAUGAAUCUGAAAAUAGAUGCAAAGGCAGAUGUCUAUAGCUAUGGGAUUGUGCUGCUGGAGCUUCUGAGUGGAAAGUGCGUGUCUGAUUUUCUCUCUGAUACUGCUCAUGACAAUGUGUUCAAUCAUUUGGUUCAGUGGAUGACUGAAAAGAUCAGACAAGAAGGAUACACGGCAGUCAUUGAUCCUAGAUUACUGAACGAUGAUUUCGACCCGAAGAAGGUUGAGAGCUUGCUGAAUGUUGCUUUGUUGUGUGUGCAUGAAGAUCGUCACUCAAGGCCUGCAAUGAGUAAGGUUGUGGAGCUUUUACUAGAAGCUGAUGAACAAGCAUAAUAUAAUAUUGGAAUCAUUUGUUGUUUUACAUUUUCCUUUCUGAGAAAAACAAAUAAUUAGUUUUUUUUUUCUUUUUUAAUAGUUUUAACAAGUCGUUUCAAUUCAAGGAAGAAGCUGCUCAAUUUAUAUUUUCAUGUAAUUCAAUUUGUCUGAU